GGGCGGGGCCAGCCGGGCCGGGUCGCGGCUGCUUCUGUCCCGGAGCUCGCGGGGUCUCGGCGUCUGGGGGAGGAAGAUGGCGUUACGGAGGGUCCGAGCUGCGCUGCGCGAGCUCCGGCCGCUGCUGCUGCUGCUUCUGCUCCUCGGGCCAUGGCCGGCGGCGGGGCACGGCGGCAAGUACUCGCGGGAGAAGAACGAGCCCGCGCCGCCCUCGAAGCGCGAGCCGACGGGGGAGUUCCGCAUCGAGAAGCUGAACCAGCUGUGGGAGAAGGCCCAGCGGCUGAACCUUUCCCCGGUGAGACUGUCUGAGCUCCACGCUGAUCUGAAGAUACAGGAACGGGACGAAUUCAAGUGGAAGAAGAUGAAGUCGGAAGGCUUGGAUGAGGACGGCGAGAAGGAGGCAAAACUGAGACGCAGCCUCAGCGUCAUCCUGGCCAAGUACGGUCUGGACGGGAGAAAGGACACCCUGAGCACCAACUUCCUCAACCACGGCCCCGAGGACGACAGCCUGGAGGACCCCCGGCUGGAGAAGCUGUGGCACAGGGCGAGGGCCUCUGGGAAGUUCUCCAGCGAAGAACUGGACAAGCUGUGGCGGGAGUUCCUGCAUCACCAGGAGAAGGUCCGCGAAUACAACAUUCUGCUGGAGACCCUGAGCAGGGCCGAAGAAGUCCACGAGAAUGUCAUCAGCCCCGUGGACAUGAGCCACGUCGCGGAGGACGCCCUGCGGAGCAGACACUCCGAGCUCAAGGACAGGCUGCGGGACAUCAGCCAGGGCCUGGACCGCCUGCAGAGGGUCAGCCACCAGGGCUACGGCACCGAGGCAGAGUUCGCAGAGCCGCGGGUGAUGGACCUGUGGGACCUGGCCAGGGCAGCCAACUUCACCCAGAAGGAGCUGGAAUCCUUCAAGGAAGAGCUGAAGCACUUUGAAGCCAAAAUCGAAAAGCAUAACCACUAUCAGAAGCAGCUAGAAAUUUCUCAUCAGAAGCUGAAACACGUGGAGAGCUUUGGCGACCAGGAGCACAUCAGCCGGAACAAGGAGCGCUACGCGCUGCUGGAGGAGAAGACCAAGGAGCUGGGCUACAAGGUGAAGAAGCACUUACAGGACCUGUCCAGCCGCAUCUCCAGAGCGCGGCACAACGAGCUCUGAGGCCCCGGGAGCCCAGGGUGGGCGCAGGAGGCACCCGCGGGCUGGGGUUCCUAAAGACAGCCCGGCCGCCCUGGGGUGGCUUGUCCGUCAGCAGCACCUCAGUGGAGGCGUGACGGGGACCAGCCACGGGGGCCCGGGGGGAGGAGCCCCGCCGGUGGCCCCCUGCUCCCUGGCUGGCGGGCUGUGCCCUCAGCCCAGCCGGCUGUCACCUCUGCCGAAGUCACAGUUUGCAUCAACAUCUCACAGAUCUUCUGCUGAAAGUACUGUGUACAGAAGUCCCUCCAAAUACAGUGUUUCAAUCUUGA